CUCCCCUAACGCCCGCUGUUGUGAUGCGUAUUCCCGUAGACCCCAGCACCAGCAGGCGCUUCACACCUCCCUCCACGGCCUUCCCCUGCGGUAAGAUGGGAGAGAACAGCGGCGCCCUCAGCGCGCCGGUCCCGGGACCUCGCAGCCGGACCGAGGCGCGCUCGGUGGUGGACGUCCUGGCCGAUCACCCGGGAGAACUGGUGAGGACCGACAGCCCCAACUUCUUGUGCUCGGUGCUGCCUUCCCACUGGAGAUGCAACAAGACCCUCCCCGUGGCCUUCAAGGUGGUAUCCCUUGGGGAUGUUCCUGAUGGGACGGUGGUAACGGUUAUGGCUGGUAAUGAUGAGAACUAUUCGGCUGAACUUCGGAAUGCUUCGGCUGUAAUGAAGAAUCAGGUGGCCAGGUUCAAUGACCUUCGCUUUGUCGGACGGAGUGGCCGAGGAAAAAGCUUUACGCUGACCAUCACAGUCUUCACCAACCCUACACAGGUCGCUACAUAUCACCGGGCCAUUAAAGUGACCGUCGAUGGGCCCCGAGAACCGAGAAGACACAGGCAGAAGUUGGAAGAACAAACGAAAUUCCAAGAUCGUUAUGGAGAACUGGAAAGGCUUCGGCACUCAAUGAGAGUCACUCCGACGACGGCCAAUUCUCGAGGGUCCCUGGGCGCUCCAGGGCACUUUGGUACACAAGCUCAAAGCCAGAUUCAAGGAACCUCUGAACUCAGCCCGUUCUCCGACCCCCGGCAGUUUGACCGGUCCUUCCCUGCUCUACCAGGCCUCACCGAGACCCGGUUUCCAGACCCAAGAAUGCAUUACCCUGGUGCCAUGCCUGCGGCCUUCCCUUACACAGCGACGCCAUCCGCCACGGGAAUCGGUGGCCUCAGUAUGACCAGCAUGCCAACGGCCACUAGGUUCCACCACACCUACCUUCCCCCACCGUAUCCCAGCUCCACCCAAAACCAGAGUGGGCCCUUCCAAACCAAUCCCUCCCCUUACCACUUGUACUAUGGUGCCUCCUCUGGGUCGUACCAGUUCUCCAUGGUGGCAGGGGGAGAGCGCUCACCAACUCGGAUGCUGCCAUCUUGUCCGAGUGCCACAGCGGGGAACAACUUGAUAAACCCCAGCCUCACCAGUCAGGCUGAUGGCGUGGAAGCAGACGGUAGCCAUAGUAACUCACCGACAACCAUGACAACAACCGGAAGGAUGGACGAAGCUGUCUGGAGGCCAUAUUGAAAAAGCACUGAAGGCCAAGCCGUGUUCUUUGCAAAUUGGUGGUUCAAAAGAACCAAAAAGAGCUGCAACUGGCGAUCCUGCCAACUCCAUCCCCAAAGUGGCCUUGGCAUCCCAAAUGAGAUCGUCCCUGUCCAGAACAUAAGAUAAUAAAAAAAUGAAACAAGCACAGGAAGGCUAGAAUUUGAAUUUGGAUACAUUUCAAAACAAAUCUUCAUAGGCUCUUCUUGGCAAAAGGUCUUCGGCAGCCUUUCCCCAAUUUGGGACAUCCAGGUGGAUCGGGACUAGUUGGAGUUGUUACCUGCAAAAACCUUGGUGGCUCUCGGCCACAAAAGACUGUCUGUUGCAUCCAGAACAGGCAAAAGAAUAGGUAGAAAAGAACUACUCUACUCUGUUGUAGCAAAAUGGCCCAACACAAAAAGCUCUGGUUUAGCCUUUCCAACUUGGUGUCUCCCAGAUAGGUCAGAUAAUACCUUCCAGUAUCCCCAGCCAGCUUGGAGGUUAUGGGAGGUGUAAUCCAUGCAAAUAAAAAAAAACAAACAUCCAGAGCAGUGGUGGGGUUCAAGUAAUUUAACAACCGCUUCUCUGCCCUAAUGAUUUCUUCCAACAAUCAGUUUGCCAAAUUGCUCAGAAAGUUAACAACUGGUUCUCCCGAACUGUUGGGAACUGGCUAAAUCCCACUACUGAUCCAGAGAGCACCUGGUUAGAGAAGGUCAUCCUUAGUGAUCAUCUCAAAGGCCAAGCAGUGUUUCAAUGGAUGGAUGGAUGGAUGGAUGGAGGGAGGGAGGGAGGGAGGGAGGGAGGGAGGUUGGAGACCCCUGAUCUAGAUGGUAUCCCAAUAACAAUGAGAAAAUAAGAAAAUUACUUACUUACAGGUAAUCCUCCACUUAUAACAGUUCAUUUGGUGACCAUUCAGUUACUGUUCCACUACAGCAUCCCCGUGGCCAUGUGAUUUACAUGCGGAUGCUUGGCAACUGGUUCAUAUUUAUGACGGUUGCAGUGUCCUGGGGGGUGUGUGUGUGUCACGUGAUCCCCUCUUGCGACCUUCUGACAAGCAAGGUCGAUGGGGAAGAUCGAUUGCUAAUUUAAUAACUGCAAUCGUGUUGCAACCGUGUUGCUAAUUUAAUAACUGCAGUGAUUUGCUUAACAGAUGUGGCAAGAAAAAUGGGGCAAAAUGGGGCAAAAACUCACUUAACAAAUGUCUCACUUAAGCAACAUAAAUUCUGGGCUCAAUUGUGGUCGUAAGUCGAGGACUACCUGUAUAUGUUGUUUUUGCCCAAACCCUGAAUCAUAGUGUCUUAAAGUUGGAAGUGGGAUAGUCUAACCCCAGCUUAGUGCAGAACCAGGAGGCUAUCUGCGAAGACAACCAUCAAAGUAUUGUUUGAAAGCUUCUUGCGAAGGAGAUCUCACUCACUUUAAGUUCUAGUUAAAAAUGAGCUUCACUUUAAAAAUGAACUGCCUUUGCCAAGUUGCGUUAGCAUUCAUCUUGAUUAGGGGCUUUGUGGCUGUGUGAAUCCAGGUCAUCUGGUGAACAUAUGGUUUUGGUGCGAGAAGACGUUUUAAUUCAGGAACCAAGCUGAGCAAUGUUGGAUGAGUCAUUUGUGAUCGCUAUCAGAGCAGACAGAAGCUUAGAUAUCAAGGCCUGAGUUGAUACAUAAGAGCUUUGUCUCUAAGCGAGCAGAGCUAAACACGGAUGGGAUUUCUGGUUGGGUCGUAGCUUUUUGCACUUAUUCAAGCGAGAACAGCCCUCUAGCUUCUGAAUGUGGAAGGAAGUAUUUGGUGCUAACCAAGUGUUCCAUUGCCCACAUCCCUACUCCUGACUCCUUCAGUGUGUACAAGCAGUGGUGGCUGGUCUCCACCAGUCCUAAGGAGAUGGAGACAGACUCAUUUCCAAGACCUUUUGCUAUCUCACAGACAUCAGGAUACCUUGUGCAACCAAAGAAAAAGGUAACACUUGGUAACCUCGCCCAGAUGCUCUUACUCAUGCCAGGCAAAAAGCCCCCUUUGGCAUUCUGCUGACAUUCAUACACACUGCAGCUCAGACCCAAAUUUAGUCCUUUCAUGAAUUAGGACCAUGGUUUGACCAGGUAAGUUAUCUAAGACCCGAAGUUCAGCAUUUUGUCCAGAGACUAAGCCAGGCAAGGCAUUUCCUGCGGAAAGCUAUUCUUGGCACCCCAGCUAUAUUAAUUGUGGGAAUAAAAUAUUUGGCUCAUUCUCUUUUUAAAAGAGGCAUCUAGGUAUAGAUCCUUGGAGGGUAUUCAGGGAGCUUUUGCUACUGUUUAACCAGUGCAAAGUCUGCAACUCAUCCCAUCGCCACAGCUUACACAGUUCAAAAAGGAAAUAUUGCUUACACACACACACACACACACACACACAGAGAGAGCACGGAGUUCUUGGGUAGGAGAGGAAGACAGGAAAUACUUGGCUGUUUUUUUGUUGUUGUUUUUUUUAAUCCUAGUGCACCACCCAAAAUUAAUCUCUAGCUUUGGUCAUGAUUUAAAUAAACCUGCUCUGUUCUUCCUUACUGUUGUUUUCAGUCUAAUAAAAAAAACCAAAAACCGGUGUGUUUUGCCUAAGGUUGGAGUCAGAAUCUGAGUAACAACUAGAUUGAAUUCUUCAAAAAAAAGAGAGAGAGAGAGAGGAGGAAGGGGGAGAAUCAGGUAUUACAUAUUUGUCCUUAGGUGUAACCUUAAACCUGCAUGACACCAAAUAACCUUUAUUAAGCAGAGCUUCUUCUGGAUUUUGCCAUCUCAAGCCCUCCUCCAAGUGUUUAAUUGGUAAACUACCAAAAUCCUGAGCCAGAAUCCCUUCGGGUAAAAAGAAUCAUGAGGAUCAAGUCCAGCAGAUCUAAAGGAUGCCAGGUGGUCAAGAUCCUAUGGGAUCUGCAGAUAGCAGACCUGUGACAAAAAUUGUCAAGAGUGUCACAUCCAAAUUCCCCCAGUUUUAGCCUUGAAACAACUGGAUCGUUCAAAAUCGUUUUGGGUCAUUCAUUCACAUCCAUAUCUGAGAGCUUGUUUGGAACACCAAGGAAACUGAAAAGAUUCUCAUAAAUCUGGUCCUCUCUUUUGCUUUAACUGAGAUCCAUGGUUUAGCCAAGACAGUCUUUCUCAACUUUAGCAACAGAUCGCUGGCUGGGGAAUUCUGGGAGUUGAAGUCCAUCUUUGCUGACUGGGGAAUUCUGGGAGUUGACGUCCAUUCAUGCUGGCUGGGGAAUUCUGGGAAUCGAAGUCCACAUGUCUUGAAGUUGCCAUGUUUGAGAAACACUGAUCUAAGACCUAGGGGGUACGCUCUGCACUUAGAGCACCCACGUUUUCCAACCAGCAAAAUUGGGGUUGGUUUCAAAUUCUGAUUGGGGAUGUGGUGGCUUGUCUAUACUCAGGGAUGCAUUUAGCCUGAUAGAAACCCCAGAUCUUAGUUAAAGCGCUGUGGGGAGUGAAGGCCAGAAACAUGGUAGUGAACAUGUUCUCAAAUGAGCGGAGUACCUUAGUUCAGGGGUCUCCAACUUUAGUCCUUUAAGACUUGUGGACUUCAACUCCCAGAAUGAGGAAUUCUAGGAAUUGAAGUCCACAAGUCUUAAAAUGGCCAAGGUUGGAGACUCCUGCCUUAGUCUGUUCUCCAAAGAUGUAUUUAUAGGAUAUUGAAAGAGGCAGAGAAAUUUGAAAGAGACUGUGCACCUAUUGUAAUUUCUUGCUAUUUGUAACUUGCAAACUGCAGCCGAAGGUUCAGGUUUAUGACAGACUGUUGUCCCCAGAUGUGAAAAACACCUGUAUCUCUUUUAUGCAACUGGUCCAAUAUUUGGCCCAGGUUUCUUUGUUGAUGUUAUGGUUGUUGCUUUGCACUAUCGUAUGCUUUUUUU